AAAAAAAAAAAAAAAAAAAAACAAAAAAACAACCCCACCAGGGACCAUUCAGCACGAGGUGGAUGAGAUGAAGAUAAUUAUUUCUCGAGGAAAAUAAAGGUUUUGCACAGCUUAGAGGAGUGCAGCGGAAGAGUUGUAACGGUUGCCUGCGAGCUGCGGCGAUGGAGAGGCGAGAAGUGGGUUGUGAGGGGGAAAGAGGGUGUUUGUCUUCCCUCCGCCUGUCUCUGCAUGCGCUAGUUCCGGACAUGCGCAGUCGUGCGCCACAAGGCGAAAACCAGGGACGCCGUAUCGACCGUGACGCUGUACCGCGUGUAUAUGCGGGGAAUUUGCGUGUAUCUAUGCACCCGUAACAAUUACCUGAGCUGCUUCUAGGCAGCGGCCGACACAAUGGUGGGUGGAGCGGACAGGACAGAAAUAUUUAGUAGUGUGAGGACUUCCAUAGUUCAACUGCUGACCCAGGCGCAGCAGUCAUAGUGGCUGGAUACAGUCUACACAACCUGUGGCUGGAUACAACCCAUGUGGCUGGAUACAACACCUGUGGAUGAAUACAACCCCUGUGGCUGAAUACAACCCUCGUGGCUAAGACGACGGUUUCGAAACAGAAGGUGUAAGCUCAAUGCGGAGAUCAUACCACUACAUGAGAGAGGAAGAUGAUGGAGCUGACAAUCAUCUUAGUGUGUCUAGCAGCAACACUCACCUUCGUGCGUGCUUUGAACAAUGGACUUGCUCGUACUCCUCCCAUGGGAUGGCUGUCGAUUCAAAGAUUUAGAUGCUCUGCUGAUUGCCAGUCUGCACCGACCGAAUGCAUUAGUGAAAAUCUGUACAUGGACAUGGCACAAAGGAUGGUAGAAGAUGGCUACCGUGAGGCUGGUUAUAUUUAUGUCAACAUCGAUGACUGCUGGUCAGCAAAACAACGUGAUGAUGAAGGUCGCUUGGUACCAGACCCUGUUCGCUUUCCUAGUGGCAUGAAAGCUUUAGCGGAUUUUAUGCAUGCCCGAGGACUAAAGCUGGGCAUCUAUGCUGAUGUUGGCUAUGAGACAUGUGCUGGGUAUCCUGGCAGCAAGUUUUUCUUGGAGAUAGAUUCCCAGACCUUUGCAGAGUGGGUCGACUCCUUGAAGCUGGAUGGCUGUUACUCUUCCCUUGAUGACUUUGCUGUUGCUUAUCCAGCCAUGGGCUUCUUUCUAAACAAGACUGGCCGCCCCAUACUUUAUUCCUGCAGCUGGCCCGCCUACAUUGUUGGAAAUGGGCAAAUUCCUUCAUAACAAAUUGCAGAAUAUUGCAAUUUGUGGCGCAACUAUCUUGAUAUAGAUGAUUCAUGGAAUAAGGUGACUACGAUCAUUGAAUGGUUUGCUAAGGAUGAAGGGAAUUUUACUGCUGUGGCUGGUCCUGGCGGUUUUAAUGACCCAGAUAUGCUUAUCAUUGGUGAUUAUGGACUGAGUUACGACCAGCAACGUGUUCAGAUGGCCAUUUGGGCAAUCAUGGCUGCCCCACUGUACAUGUCCAAUGACCUCCGCAACAUCCAUCCAGAAUCACGGGAACUUCUAUUAAAUAAACGUAUUAUUGCAAUCAACCAAGAUCCCUCUGGGAAUUCAGGGCCAGCGUCUUUACAAGACUGGCAACUUAGAGUUUUGGUCCCGUCCCAUUCUGCCACAGGGCAGUUUUGCAUUUGCUGUUGUCAACUACAGCUCUGGAGGUGGACCAGCACUUAUAAACAUUAGCCUGUCCAGUUUUGCCAUCGCUUUCUCAACUGGUUACAAUGUUACAGAAGCAUUUGAUGGAAUAACGCUUGGAGUUUUAAAGCCUAAAAGCGAAUUCAGAAUUAGUGUGAACCCAUCUGGUGUCUUCAUGGCUGUCGCAGUUCCAGU